AAAACAAUAGCAGACGACAAGGGUGCAACAUCAUCACAACCGCCAUCACAAUUAUCGCAUCAAAAUAAUUAUCAUUGGAACUCAUUUCUUCCGAGUAUGGACGAGAACAACGACGAUUAUGAAUCUGAUAAACUUAGUGAUAACGAUGAUACAACAUAUCAAGUGCCUGUGUCAUCUAUCCGAAAGAGAAAAAACCAGGGGGAUCAAAGUAAUACUAAAGAUGACGACUUUGACAACACAAGCACACCAAACCCAUAA